ACUUGUUCCUUCCUCCCACCCUCACCAUCCCCCGCGCACAACCAACCGUCCGAAAUGGCCCGCCCCCGCUCCGCGUCCGGAACGAUCCCCUCGAUGGAGGCCUCGCACGAAGAGCUCAAAGAUAACACGAUCAUCAUCGUCGCCGGCGCAUCGGGUGACCUGGCGAAGAAGAAGACCUUCCCCGCCCUCUUCCGCCUCUUCCGCCAGAACUUCCUCCCCCGCGAUGUCCACAUCGUCGGCUAUGCGCGCACCAAGAUGGACCACGAGGAGUUCCUCAAGCGCGCGACGUCCUACCUCAAGGUCGCCGAUGAUGACCAGGAGGGCCAGGCGCAGGUGGACAAGUACAAGGAGGUGCUGUCGUACGUCGCCGGCGAUUACGAGGACGGCGCCGCGUUCGACAAGCUCGAGGAGCACCUGCAGGAGAUCGAGUCCAAGUACCAGUCGAAGGAGGCCAACCGCAUCUUCUACCUCGCCCUCCCGCCCACCGUCUUCGUGCCAGUCGCGAAGAAUCUCAGGGAGCACUGCUACGUCCAGAAGAACGGCGUGAACCGCAUCAUCGUCGAGAAGCCGUUUGGGAAGGACCUCGACUCUGCGCGGGAACUCCUCGGCUCGCUCAAGAAGUACUGGUCCGAGGACGAGACGUUCCGUAUCGACCACUACCUCGGCAAGGAGAUGGUCAAGAACAUGCUGGUCCUGCGCUUCGCGAACGUCGCCUUGAACGCUGCCUGGGAUAAGAACUCCAUCAGCAACGUCCAGAUCACCUUCAAGGAGCCCUUCGGCACUGAGGGUCGCGGUGGCUACUUUGACGACUUUGGCAUCAUCCGCGAUGUUGAGCAGAACCAUCUGCUCCAGGUGCUCAGUGUCAUCGCGAUGGAGCGUCCGGUCUCUUUUGCCGCUGAGGACAUCCGUGACGAGAAGGUCAAGGUCCUCAGGUGCAUCCCGCCCAUCGCCCGCGAAGAUACCCUCCUCGGCCAGUAUGUUGCCGCAAACGGCAAGCCCGGCUACCUCGAUGACGACACGGUCCCGCACAACUCGGUCUGCCCCACGUUCGCCGCCUGCACGCUCUGGGUCAACAACCCGAGAUGGGAGGGCGUGCCCUUCAUCCUCAAGGCUGGAAAGGCCCUCAACGAAGCCAAGGUCGAGGUCCGCAUCCAGUUCAAGGACGUCACGCAGGGCAUCUUCAAGGACAUCUCCCGCAACGAGCUCGUGAUGCGCAUCCAGCCGUCCGAGGCCGUCUACCUCAAGCUGAACGCGAAGACGCCGGGCCUGUACACGCGCGCGCUGCCGAUCGAGAUGGACCUGACGUACAAGCGCCGCUUUGCGGAGACGAACAUCCCGGAGGCGUACGAGGCGCUCAUCCUCGACUGCCUCAAGGGCGACCACAGGAACGAUGAGCUGGAUGUGGCGUGGAAGGUGAGUCUCUCGCCUUCGCAGCAGUUCACGUGAUGGUGCAGCGCGGUGAAGCGGCAUGAAAUCUGAUAGGUGUUUAGCGCCCACCCCUCCUUUGCCGGGCCCCCCGCGCACGGUCUCCCCGUCAAGGGGCCCGUGCGCGGGGGGCGUGGGGGUCUAUCUACGGGUGCUAUCUAUGUGUGCGUCCGACGAGCAUGACUCCCCCGACGAGCAUGACUUCCCCCUCCAACAUAACCCCUCCCUCCGUCGUGCGUGCGCGCAGCAUAACCCCCAUCGUAGG